CGACUCGUCUCUAUAAGCUUGAUAAUGGCAUCUUCAAGCGAGUCCUCGGCAGCGUCAGACCACGAGGCGAGUAGCGAGGACGAGACACGGGGUGUGAUUCGCGAGGAUCUAAAGAGCAUGACCCUUGAAGAGAUAAUGCAGCUCAAGGAAGAACUGGGCGCAAAGGUCUACAAGGAGGCGGUGCUAGGCAACAAAAGAGUCAAAGAAAAACAGCCUAAAACAAAAUUAGAGCUGAAACGCUUGAACAAGAAUCGACCUAGGGAAAUAAGUGCUAAGCGACAGGUGCCCUUUUUGGGCGCGGAGCUGCGUGUGGAGCGUAAAAAAGAGGACGUGCUCCGAGAUCCACGUUUCGAUGAAAGCUCGGGCACCUAUAACAUUGAUACAUUCAAGCAAAACUACAAAUUCAUCACGAAAAUACGAGACAAAGAAGUAGUCCAGCUGCAGAAACAGCUGGACAAUGUGCGGGAUGACGACGAAAAACAAAAAAUCAAACACACUAUGCAAAGGCUCGUUAAUAAAAACGUGGAGGACAAAAGGUGGCAUAUCAAGCAAAACUUGUUAAAGAGGGAGCGCCAAGAGAUACAAAAAGCGUACGAAGAGGGUCGCCAGCCGCACUAUUUGACCAAGAAGGAAAGGCGUGCCAGAGAAUUGGUCGCUCAAUUCGAGCAUUUGAAAGAUAGUGGAAAACUGAACAAACAUCUGGAAAAACGACGCAAAAAGAACGCCGCAAAGGAUCGCAAGAGAAUCAGCAUAGAAUAGAUUUCUUAGUUAUAAAUGUAUAUUAUUAACAA